GAAAAAAGAAAGAAAAGAAAAACCCACGGGAGAAAACAAACAAACGAACAAAAACCAUUGAAAUGCACUUUCAUAAGAUAGAAACAUCAUGUAAUGCUCAAAUUAUUAGUAACAACCCAAAAUUUAAAGGCCUUAAAAAAUGCCAACCAACAAGGUAACCACUAACUAGAAGUAGCUGCUGAGUAUUUAAAUGUGCUUCACUAGAUUCAACUGAAAUGUCCUCUAAACUACACACUGAAGUCUUAAGACUUAGUAUGAAAGACAGGGAUUAGUGGUUUUUAAUAAGAAUUGAAUUCAUUUCAAUGCUUUCAUGCCAAUUUUAUAAUAAAACAAUAACAUUGUUACAGUUAAUUGCAUACUUUUUAAAGAAAAGCCUUUCUUACCAGACUGGGAUCCCAUCCAGGGCCUGGUGCAUGUGAGGUAAGCACUCUCCCACUGAGCCACACCCCAGCGCUAACGGAUAGGCAGCCCUGCCAGGGAGAACACAGGACAGCCACUUCCAUCUCGACUUCACAUGUCCCCGCACAUGUGAAUCUGUAACUAUACUUCAAACUCUUAGUUCUUUAUGCAACAUUUGAAUCUGACCACGUAAAACUUUUAGUUACUAAAUCUGGAAAUUGUUGUUAAUACAGUUGUGAUAAUGAUUGUUGUCAACUUGACAGGGUCUAGAAUCACCUAAGAGGGAAAUCUCUAGGCAUAUCUGUGAGGAAGUUUCUAGAUCAGGUUAGUUGAAGUGGGAAGAGUAUCCCUAACAGUGGGUGGCAUCCGGUCCAUGGCCUGGGGUCCAGGACUAAAUAAAGAGGAGAAGCAAGCUAAGCACCAGCAUUUAUCACUCCUGGCUUCCUGGCUGAGGAUAGACUGUGACAAGCUGACUCCUGCCACCAUGCCUUCCCAGAGUGACUGACUCCACCCUCUGACCUGGAGCCCAAACAAACCCUUUCUCCCUUAAGUUGCUUUUGUCUAUGUAACAAGAAAAGCUACUAAUACAAUAGGUAUCAAGACAAUUUUAAUGAUAAUGCUGUUUAUGCCUGUUGUCCCUGCUACUGGAGAGGAUGAGGUAGGUUAUCAUUUAUGAUCAAAGUUGCAGAUAAAGCCAGGAAAAUAUAGUAGGACCCAUCUCAUAAAUAAAUAAAUAAAUAAAUAAAUAAAUAAAUAAAUAGUAAAAUUAUAAAUGUAACUUCUCAUUUCACUUGACAAUAUUACUUUAGAAUCACACAGUUGCUAUUUUUUAUACCUUAUCUUUUUUUUAAUUCUAGAAAGUAGUAUUUGCACAAAAUAAUGGGUUUCAUUGUGAGACUGUGUGUUUGUUGUGAGACAGGGUUUCACUGUGCAGCCCUGGCUGGCCUGAAACUAACUAUGUAGAUCAUCGCCAGUCUGCUCUUAAUUAACUGUGAAAAUAACUAAUCUGAGAGUUUAAUCCUAGUCGAAGAUCCUGAAUCUUGAAGUUAAAUUUUAAUAUUUACGUAAGUCAGUGUGAUGAACGACUGCCCACAGCCUCAUGACCACAGUCUCAAAAUCUGUCUCGAUCUUUUAAUGAUUAUUAUGUGAGUGGGCGUUUUGCCUGCAUGUAUGCCUGUGCACUUAAUGUAUGCCUGGUGUCCUGGAGACCAGAGAAGGGCACUAAUUUACUGGAGUUACAGAAGGUUGUAAGCCACCAACGCAUGCUGGGAAUUGAACUCAGGUCCUCUGAAGGAGCAGAUUUCCGGUGGGAUACAAUCCCUUCCUGACCUAUAACAAAAAGUUGAGAGAGUAUUUCAUACUGAAAUCCUAAACUUUUCUCCAAGUCAACACCCAAUUUGGUCACCACUUCCCCCAAAGGAGGCUUGGGGACCUGCUCUGGGGUGUGGCUUGAGAAGACAUAAAUGUCCCCCAAGCAUCAGCUUCUUCGGGGCGGGGACUACAGAGGCCCCGCCCCCAGCCCUACUUGCCUACACUCUGGGCUGGACGCCGAGGGACUUCACCUCAGGGCUUUCCUCAAGGAACAGCUCGGGUACUGGGCAAGGGACUCCAAGCCUCCCUCUGAAUUCUGAAGCCAGGCCAUUUCGGUCCGGGACCAGGUCCGCCUCACGUACAGGCGCGUCCAGUGCCUACUAAUGAUCACGCCGGCCCCGCCCACCUCAAGUUUCGUCUCAGGGCUGCACUGCCCACCUUGGAGUCUAGGCCAGAAGCGGAGUCCAACAUGGCCUCACGCCCUGGGUGUCUUUGGCACUGGCGGAGUCUGAGGCGGCGGGAGGAACUCACGAGCUUGUUCGUGUGGAAAACGUCUCCCGACGCUUUCUCGCACUCCUCUUGGACCAGUGACUGGGGUUCCGGGCGCACGCGCAUAGCCAAACCGUGCGUCUCCCACUGCGCCCAAGUGUCUUCAGAUUCCCAGCGGGACCCGGUGGACUGCCUACUAUAUGCCUGACUACGACGAGUUGACCGCCUUUCUGGGCGAGUGGGGGCCCUUCCAGCGCCUCAUCUUCUUCCUGCUCAGUGCCAGCAUCAUCCCCAAUGGCUUUACUGGGUUGUCAGCCGUGUUCCUGACGGCGAGUCCGGAGCACCGUUGCCUGGUACCAGACACCGUGAACCUGAGCAGCGCGUGGCGCAACCACAGCAUCCCGUUGGAGAUGAAGGACGGACGGCAGGUGCCUCAUAAAUGCCGCCGCUACCGACUGGCCACCAUCGCCAACUUCUCUGCUCUGGGACUGGAGCCAGGAGAGGAUGUGGACCUGAAGCAGCUGGAACUGGAGAACUGCCUGGAUGGCUGGGAAUACAGCAAGGAGGUCUUCCUGUCCACCAUCGUGACAGAGUGGAACCUGGUGUGUAACGAUGCCUGGAAAGCCCCACUCACCACCUCCAUGUUUUACGUGGGUGUGCUCUUAGGCUCCUUCAUUUCGGGACAGCUCUCAGACAGGUUUGGUCGCAAGCCUGUGCUGUUUUGGACCAUGGGCAUGCAUACUGGCUUCAGCUUCCUGCAGGUCUUCUCUGUGAACUUCGAGAUGUUUACUCUGCUCUUUGCCCUUGUUGGCAUGGGACAUAUAUCCAACUACGUGGCAGCAUUUGUUCUGGGAACAGAAAUUCUUUCCAAGUCAAUUCGAAUUAUAUUCGCCACCUUAGGAAUUUGCAUAUUUUUUGCAUUUGGCUUCAUGGUGCUGCCUCUGUUUGCAUACUUCAUCAGAGACUGGAGGAUGCUGCUGAUGGCAAUUACUUUACCAGGGGUGCUGUGUGGGGCUCUCUGGUGGUUCAUCCCUGAGUCCCCCCGAUGGCUCAUCUCUCAAGGCCGAGUUAAAGAGGCAGAGGUGAUCAUCCGCAAAGCUGCCAAAUUCAAUGGGAUUGUUGCGCCUUCCACUAUCUUCGAUCCCAGUGAGACCACUAACUUACAAGAUGGAAAUGCCAAAAAUACUCAGUCGCACCACAUUUAUGAUCUGGUCCGAACACGGAAUAUCAGGAUCCUCACCAUCAUGUCCAUAAUCCUGUGGCUGACCAUAUCAGUGGGCUACUUCGGACUUUCUCUUGACACUCCUAACUUGAAUGGGAACAUCUACGUGAAUGGCUUCCUACUGGCAGCUGUUGAAGUCCCUGCCUAUGUGUUGGCCUGGCUAUUGCUACAGCAUGUGACCCGGCGUUAUUCCAUGGCUGGUUCCCUUUUCUUGGGUGGCAGUGUCCUUCUCAUAUUGCAACUUGUGCCUUCAGAUUUACUUUACUUGUCCACUGCCCUGGUGAUGGUGGGCAAGUUUGGAAUCACCUCUGCCUAUUCCAUGGUCUAUGUGUACACGGCCGAGCUGUACCCCACUGUGGUCAGAAACAUGGGUGUGGGGGUCAGCUCCACAGCAUCCCGCCUUGGCAGCAUCCUGUCUCCCUACUUUGUCUACCUUGGUGCCUAUGAUCGCCACCUGCCUUAUAUCGUCAUGGGAAGUCUGACCAUCCUGACAGCUAUCAUCACUUUCUUCUUCCCAGAGAGCUCUGGAGUUUCACUUCCAGACACCAUUGACGAGAUGCAAAAGGUCAAGCGAAUAAGACGAGUGUCAGCCAUGAGUAAGAAAGGGUCUGCACCAGAUUCUAAAAGAAAAGUCUCCACAUCCUAAAGGCUUUUAACACCUGGUUCAGAAGCUAAAAAACUGAACUGAAAACCUGCAUGCUGUCAGAAAUACUGUGAGUGACCCAGGGCUUUCUGUUCUGUUGACCUUGUGUCUAACAAGCAUCUGUCCUGAAGAGCCACCUUCCUCCAGGGCCACCAAGGCUAACGACACACAGCUUGCACAUCCCAUCACAGUGUGGUCUGGGGCCUCCCAGAGAAGUUACUGAGUCUCUUGAAGCCGUGGGACUUGGAAGACUGAGAAACAUCUGCUAGACAUGCUUUGUUAUCCUGGAAGACCUGAUAGUCACAGACAGAACAGCAGGUCUGUUUCCCCUCCUUUCACUAACUGAAGAACUUACAGGAAAGGAAUAAAAGUGACUCAGUGGUGGUGUGCUUGUUUGGAUGGCACAGGGCCCUGGACAUGAUCAAAUGCACCAAAAAGAAACAAAAAAAAAGUCUUUUCAGAAAAUAAAUGAUUUCAUGGAUA